AGUUGAGCUUCGACAGGAAAGUUGGAAAGAUUAAGAUGGAGUCUAAGUUUGUGAUUUUCUUGUUGUUUGUCUUCAUGGCUGACAUGACUUCGGUCGUCAACAGUCAGAGUAAAACUACGGUGAGUUUGUCGUGUUAUGAUAUCCAGGCACUAGGGUUUACGCACGGUACAUUUACUGGUAAUAUAUUUAGGCUAAAGCGAACAUUUAACUGAUCAUCUUUAUUGGACAGCUGUAUCAGUUGUCGCUAGAGGACAAGUCUAUCAGUCCUUAUUGCUCUCGUGUUAUAUUACAGGAGGAAACCUACAGUAAACUACGUUAUUUAUACUGACUCAUACAAGAUACCUCGAUCAGUUCUAAAUUGUUGUCCCUUCACGUUUAGCAUAAGGACAAUCCCUUAUUGCCCCAUGCAGCGUAAGCUCAGGAAUGGAUUUACUGCGGGAGUGCAGGGGUGUGGACAACACAUUCUGGAUGUGGCUGGAUCAAUCCCUGUGUUAGCUACCAAACGAGCUACCUAAUUAGCCUAACUGAUUUUAUUUAUACUAGACAUUUGAUAGCUCUUUGAGUUUUGUCGAAGCUGUUUUCGUCCAACUUUCAGUAUAAGGACCAUCUUGUACUGCUAAUUGUGUUAUUGUAUCCACAGCAAAUCUUUGUCAUUUUUUAUUAGUCUUCUCAGGUGACCUGUGGUUCUGCAGGUAUCCCAGGUAUCCCUGGAAUUCCAGGAAAUCCCGGAAGAGAUGGUAUACCCGGGUUACGAGGUCCUGCGGGAGCGAAAGGAAAGCCUGGGGGGAGAGGAGAUGAUUACGUAGAUCUGGUGAAGUCAAAUUGGAAACAAUGUGUUUGGAAGAGAGAGGAUAGCAAAGACACUGGCUUGAUACAGGUUUAAGAAAAUAAGGAUAAUAUGUAUUUAAGUAACAGUUCAAAUACGAGGCAGAUGAUAUUACCAGGAAUUCAAAGUUUGAGUACGUUUUUCAAAAGAAGAACCGCAGACGAUCCUUAUUAAUGUACAGGUAUUUUGAAAUCCUGGUAAGUCUGAAGUCGAGUAUUUGAACUCACUCCCGUCAAGCGUUGUAAUUUACACAGUUUUAAUAAAAAUCUAAUUUUAAAAUUCAAAUACUUCGGUGUCCUGUAGGACAUCUUCCUUUAGUUUCUCAUGUGAAUUAAUGAGUUUGGGAAGACAUUCUUACGUCCUACUUUGGCAGCAAAGUUGAAAUGUUUAGUUCACAUUUGGCUAAAUUUCCCGCCAAUUUCUAAACUGAGAAUUCUUACCCUGCAACUAAACCUUAACUAUUGCCUUAAUCCAAACCUAACCCCAACAAAGGCAGGCCGAAUCUAAAUGUAACCUUAUUCCCUAGAAUUAGGUAAUGAUUAAAAUUAUUAUGGUAGUCUUUUGACAAUUUUGACUGGUUACCCUAAAUUUGUUCCAAAAGUAAUCCCACUUAAUUCUAAUCCUAAACUUUUCAGCAAAUCGUUAAAUUAAUCCCAAACUAAUCAUACUCGAAACCGACGCCCUAACCUUAAUCUAAUCCAUACCCCUAUCCUAAUCCUUUGACGCCUAAUCCAAUCUAAUCUAAUCUAAUCUAACCUAAUCUAAUCCUUAUCCUUAAUACAAUCUUAUAUCUAAUCAAUUCCAAAUCUAAUCCUUACCGUAAGCCUAAUUUAACCCUUACGGUUGCCUAAUGCAAUCCUAAGGCUGCGAAGCCUGAUCUAAUCCUUACCCUAAAUCUAAUCUUCAUCUUAUCCUAAUUACCCGUUGUCUGUUCUGUUCAUAUAGAACUGUAUUUUCAACAAGAAAUACGACAACACCUCAAUCCGUGUGUUCUACGCAGGAAGCCUACGUUCUUAUGGCAGUGGUGUUUGCAAUCGAUGGUAUUUUACAUUUGAUGGUGCAGAAUGUACAAAACCAGCGACUAUUGAAGGAGUUGUUUACGUUCAGUCGACCCAAGAAAGCCCCCUUCGUCACCGCCAUAUUGAAGGCUACUGUAAUCAGGUUCCUAAAGGUCACAUACGUGUGGGGUUCUGGAUAGGCAAGUGUGCGAGUGGUUUUAGUCUCGGAGAUGGUAAAACUGGUUGGAAUUCCAUGUCUCGUGUUGUGAUUGAAGAAGUGCCACCUCCUCAAGCUUAAUAUCAUUCGAGAAAAAAGAAUAUUAUUCAUAUUAUACUAUAUAACCAAAUUACAUAAGUAUAUACUUUUACAAAAAGGACUUGGAGAAAAAAUCAUUAUCAGUUAUAUUUCUGUAAUUGUCAGUAUUGUGUUUGAUGUUCAUAAUGUACUACUGCAUGGAAUGUAUCGCAAAAAAAUUCCAUUGCUAAAACUCAAUAUUACUAAAGCCUAGUUCUCAUUCAUCGCAAACUGUCACCGACGAUCGGCGACGCUUAUCGCCGAUACUCGCCGAGCGCGAAUGCACGAAAGUUCUCAUACAUCGGUGAUCGUCGCAAAUGACAGCCAAUGUGUUUCGAAAUUUCCCACCAAGGCACAAAAUUGCCCCAUUCAACGUAAAGUUCAUGAUUUCUGUCAAACUUCAGUUGAUUAUUUCCUUGCUUGUUGAGGAAAAAACAACUUUUACUCAUUUCUCAUAGAUUUUUCAAGCAGAUGGCAGUCGGCGAUGGUCGCAAGAAACAAACUUUUUUGUUUCCUGCGAUGUCAUUGCCGAUGGUCGGCGACGAUUACGGACAAUCGGCGAUAUAAUUUUUGAUGUGUUCUCAUAAAUCACAAGCGGUCGCCGACGUCGCAAAGCUCCCAUCGCCGACGGUUUGCGAUGAAUGAGAACUAGGCUUAAUAAAUACUUUUUUCAGCAUUACACUAUUGUGUUGAUGGGAUAAGAAAUAGAGAGUUUUAAUUGUUUCACUGGAGAGUUCAAUUAAUGAUAAUUAAUAGUAAUAUUACAGGAAGUCAUGCCUGUCUAACGCCUAAGCCAUGCGUGGACCACCCAGUGAGCAGAGACAGAGUGAAUUAGGUUCACUAAACAAAAGACCUUGGAUGUCAUUCCAGUUUAAACCUGACCAAUGCAUGUUUACAUCAUCCAAAUACAAGUUUGGAUAACUCAUAUUCUUAAAAUACUUUCAUAAACGGAAACAAUAGUAACGAAGGCACGUGAGGCUGAUUGGAAGUUGUGAUCGUGAACUGGGUAUAAACAAGAAUCUUUCCAGAAAUGUUCAGUAGUUAUUAUGGUUUAAAAUAUUGCAUGCAUAUAUGACGGUACGCUGUGCAGACGUUAAAAAUUAGCGGUUAUUUUAUUAGCCUACUCAUUGCCUGCUAAUUUAAGCUACACUUGUAUAUUUAAGCAUGUUAACCCAUCAAAAUAUUCGAGUAGCUACGAGUAACACUGACACAAGCGUUCCUGGUUAGGUUUUAAAUAGUGUACUAUAUAAUUAUGGUCACUCAAUCUCGUUCCCCGAGACUGCGAUCCUCGGGAAGGAACGUGAGGCUGUGGGAUAAUCCGUUUUAGGGAAGAAUCUGAUUGACCGUUGAUACGGAAUGCGCAGUUCAAUCUUAGCAAGGAUUCCUGGCUUCCGGCAACGGAUUAUCCCAGAGCCUCACGUUCCUUCCCGAGGAUCGCAGGCUCGGGGAACGAGAUUGAUUAGAUUAUCCACCAAACCCGGCAUUCAAACACAAUAUCUAUUCACAAAUUUUAGCAGUGAUUGCAGGCAUAAAAUUUAGCAUGCAGUGAUUACAUAUUUUAACGGCUUAAGUAAGACAUUGCCAUUGUCUUAAGCCGUUUUUACAUUUCAAGCCUUAACCCAGCCUCGUACCCACCAGGCUCUUUCCCCUGAGUACAAGGUUUGGCUUAAUUAACCUGGCCUUGGUAGACCUUAAUGGACAACUUGCAUGUUAGACUAAAUUUUAAUCUAAGCAGAUAGAAGGGAAUCAAACACCACAGCUAAAAAGAACAUAGUGAAAUUAGUAAAAUUGAAAAAUUUGGUUGCGAAAUGUUGUAAAGCUUGGAAAAUAUAGCCUUGCAAAAUUUGCAUAUUUUCAGUAUAUUUGUAUUACGUGGUAGCAAAAAUGGUAACAAUUUCCGCACGUAAUACAAAUAUACUGAAAAUAUGCAAACUUUGCAAAGCUAUAUUUUCCAAGCUUUACAACAUUUCGCAACCAAAUUUUGCAAUUUUAUUAAUUUUAAUAAGUUCUUAACGGGAAUUUACUUUUUUUGCCUAGAUCAAAAAUUUGUCUAACAUGCUAGUUGUCUAUUGGCAUGAAUUUGCUUACACUGUUUGCUUGAUUUAAUUUGUCAGCCAAUCAAGGAAAGCGAGAAAUCCUGGCCAAGGUUAGACCAACAGGCUUUGAAACAUAAACACAGCUUGAAGGGUUCAAAAAUACCCAAAUGUUCAAUGCCCACCACUGUUAGCAACCUUUCAUUUUUCAUCAUGUCAACCUAUGGAAACGUUCAAUAAAAAUCGACACAAGUUGAUGAACUACACAAAGUUGAAAAUCUGCUUGCUAGUUUUACUCGAAAUACAAAAACCCAUCUCUCAAACAAUAUCCUACAUGUGCUAACAAAGAUAAGAUUUCUAUAGAGAUCUUUUUUUUUUCAUCAAAGAAUCAGUGUUUUCUUUUGUUAAAACUAAACAGAAAUACUUGCUGAUUAAAUAUAUAAAAUCCCAAAUCUCCAUUACGACGCCAACAGUUUGUGAUCAAGUUUUACACAUGUUUUUAAAACUAAGGUUUAUGAAUCAGUGUUUUGUUAAAAGGGGAAGCCAACAAGUUUCCCCGAACAUCCUAUACAGCAAGUACAAGAAACUAAUUGAGAGAAAUACUAAAUUAUCUUGAACAAGAAAACAGUAGGGAAAAUAUAAUAUGAACUAAAUGUAAUCCGAGUUGGAAUUGAAUUAAAGUUUACAGAAAACAGAUUAAUCCCAGAAGCUUUCAAUAUAAUGGCCACAAUCUUUCCUGAUAAAAGUUAAAACUAAUGUUUCCAUAAAAGUUGGUUUAGCAAAUAGUUUUUGUCUAAAUGGGUAAAUGAACCGAGUCAAACAUUCAUUCUAUAUGGCAAGAGCUACUGAUAAGUUAAGAGAAAUAUAAAAUUUUCUUGCAUCAGAAAACAUGAGGGUAAAAUAUUUAGGGCGUGGUGUAAUACGAUCGAGUGGUUAAAAUGGGAGAGUUUAAAAUAUUGUGCAAAGGCUCGCAGUAGGAUCAGUUGUAGUUAAGCUUCGAUAGAAAAGUUUGAAAGAUAUUUUUAAGAUGGAGUCUAAAUUCGUGAUUUUCUUGUUGUGUGUCUUUAUGGCUGACAUGACUGUGGUUAACAGUCAAGGUAAAAAAUCUACGGUGAGUUUGUCGUGUUGUGAUAUCUAGCCUCUAGUGUUUAUGUACGGAAUAUAUUUUGUGAUAAACUUAACCUAACUUUAUUUACACUGGAUUGCUCUAUCAGUUCUAAUUAAACUGUCCGCUCGUCAAGCCUGCAGAUAAGAGCAAUCGUUGAUUGUUGGCAUUUUAUUUUUCCUGCCUUAACAUGAAUUAAAAACAAACGUAUGACUUGAGUUUAUUAUGCACUAAAGUCAAACGUUAGUCAAUUCAUGCAAAUACUUAGGUCGUUUGACCUCCACGAUCUUGUCUCCAUUUCUGAUAUAGUACCCAAUUCCUCAACUGCGUCUCGAACUGCACACCGUACUCACUCGUUUAGGCGCCGCGGUGCUCUUUUUAAAAUGUUUAGUGUUACAUGAUGGGGUGCUUAUUUGAGGGAGGCGCUUGUUCGAGUGCGACGCUCUUUAUGAGGGAUCGAACUGAUAAAUCUAUCCAAUAUAUUAAAAUUAGUUUCUUUUGUUAUCAGUUUAGAAAGAUUUGUUUAUAGCUCUUUCAUAAAGCAGUGGUCUGCGUCAUUAUAUCAUUUAAAUAUCCUUAUCAAAUAUCUUUGUCCUUUCAGGCAACCUGUGGUUCUCCUGUGGUUCUUCUUCUACGAGGUUCUGCUGGCGCGAAAGGGGAGCCUGGGGAGAGAGGAAUUUGUGGUUCUCCAGGUAUCCCUGGAAUUUCAGGAAAUUCCGGAAGAGAUGGUAUGCCUGGGUCACGUGGUCCUGCAGGAGCGAUAGGGGAGCCUGGGGAGAGAGAAAGUGAUGACGUAGAUCUGGUGAAGUCAAAUUGGAAACAAUGUAUUUGGAAGAGAAACGAUGGCAAAAACACUGGUUUGAUACAGGUUUAAGAAAUUAAUGAUUUUAUGUAUUUAAGUAACAGUAGUCAAAUACGAUAUAGAGGACAUUACCGGGAUUUCAAUGUCGAGUGCGUUUUUAAGAAGAACCGCAGACGAGCCUCAUUACGGUACAGGGAUUUUGACAUCCUGCUAAGUCCGAAGUUGAAUAUUUGAACUGAUCGGUGUAAUUUACAUAGUUUUUAUCUAAAAUCUCAUUUUAAAAUUCUAGUCACUUUUGUGUGCUGUAUAUAGAACAUCUUCCUAAUAAAUAAAUAAAUGAUUAUUAGUAGUUUCUUCUGUGAAUGAAUGAGUUUGAGAAGAUAUUCUUACGACCUACUUUGGUAGCAAAGCUAAAAUGUUUAGUUUGCACUUGGCUAAGUUUCCGGCCAAUUUUAAAACGGCGAAUUCCUAUCCUACAACUAAACCUCAACCAUUGCCCUAAUCCAAACCUAAUCCCAACAAAGACCGGCCAAAUCUAAACAUAACUCUAGUUCCUAGAAUUAUUAUUAUCGUAGUCUAAUCAUAAUCCUGACGGGUUACCCUAAUUCUAAUCCAAAAGAAAUCCCAUUUAAUUCUAAUCCUAAUCUUUUCAGCUAAUCUUUAAAUUAAUCCCAAACUAACCAUACUCUCCUAACCUUAACCUAACCGUAAUAAUCCUAACCGCAAUAUAAUCCUUACUCUGAUCCAAUCCUAAGCCUAAUCUAAUUCUUACUGUAAGCUUAAUUAAUGCGUUUCCAGAAGAUAUUUUAUACAAACCUUAACAUAACCUAAUCUAAUCUAAUCCCAACUCAAAUCCAAUUUUAAGCCUAGUCCAUACCGUAAGCCUUAUCUAAUCUAAUUACCCUUUGUCUGUUCUGUUCAUAUAGAACUGUAUUUUCAACAAGAAAUACGACAACACCUCACUCCGUGUGUUCUACGCAGGAAGCCUACGUUCUUAUGGCAGUGGUGUUUACAAUCGAUGGUAUUUUACAUUUGAUGGUGCUGAAUGCACAAAGCCAGCGACUAUUGAAGGAAUUGUUUGCGCUAAAUCGACCCAAAUCGAACCCUAUCGUCACCGCCAUAUCGAAGGCUACUGUAACCGGGUUCCUAAAGGUCACAUACGUCGGGUUCUGGAUAGGCAAGUGUGA